CGUCAUAAUAAUUAGUGUCUCAGCGAAAAAGGCAGAAAAAAUCAAAAUAAAUCCAGCUAGUGUCGCAAUCCAUCCGUUCUCUGACUGCCCAGAGAUGUGUGACAAUGAGCCGCCCGCAUCUCUCUCGGACUUUCACGACUACGAGCCAAAUUUGGAGUUUGACGACACGGAAUUGUCGCAGGCUCCUCCGCCCCAACUCCUGAACUCCGCUGAUGUGCUCUUCGAUGACGACACUUUUCAAUCAGGAGAUUUCAACUCGGACAACGACAUUAAAGGCCUUGAAGCAGACAACUAUGAGGAACAAUUGAAACCCGCAGAACCCGAAAUUGACGAAGAAAUUCGUGCCCAAAGUGAUUUUGCGAGAUUUAAGUUUAUCGACCACAUUGGAACAGAUACGCAGGGACAGCCUAUUAUUGCAAUUUAUGCGUGCAAGUUACCCGAUCGCAAGAGAAUUAGUCAGGAUGAUUUUAUACAGUUUAUAAAGAAAACGAUAGAACAAUAUGUGCAAAACGACUACAGUAUUGCGUACUUUCAUCAGGGCCUCAAGGAGAACAGUAAGCCGUCAACGACGUUCUUAUGGCACUCGUACAAGGAAUUAGAUCGGAAUUUCAAGAAAAACCUCAAGCAGUUGUAUGUCGUGCAUCCGACGACAGUUUUCCGCUGCAUUUGGUGGUUCUUUCGGCCCAUAGUCAGCGAAAAGUUCCGCAAAAAGCUCAUUUACACGUCGUCGCUCGACGAACUCAAGCAAAUGCUCGGCCUGAAGCACCUGAACGUGCCCGAGGGCGUUCGCGAGUUUGACGAUUCCAUCAACGCAAACUCCAAAAGUCGCAUUGCCGCAAUUCACGCAUCCAACUUGUCCCUCAGUCAAUUACCAAAAACGACGCAAUUCGGUGUCACGCUUAAGUUCAUCAACGACAACAGUCCGUGCUUGAAUUACAUUCCUCCCGUGGUGCGGAUGUGCGUCGAUCACUUGGCGUUGUCCGAUGUUAUCGAUACGGAGGGCAUUUUUCGGAGGUCUGGCAACAAAACGCGCAUCAUGGAACUGAAGGAGGUCAUCAAUGCGGGCAAGGAAGUGCAAUUGUGCGACGAAAAUACGCACGAUGUCUCGUCGUUGCUGAAGACUUUUUUGCGGGAAUUGCAAGAACCGCUUCUGACGUUCGAGUUGUACGAUGAAAUUAUCGAGUUUUUGAAUUGGCCUAAAGAAGAGCGAUCGCGAAAUGUCAAGCUUAUCUUAAGAGAGAAGCUGCCUGUGGAAAAUUAUGAACUUUUCAAAUAUUUAGUAGAGUUUUUAGUCAAGGUCAUGGAUCGCAAAGAUUUCAACAAGAUGACAUCGUCCAAUCUCGCAAUUGUCUUUGCACCAAAUCUAGUUUAUGCAAAAAAUAAUCAAAUGUCGUUGGAUGAAGUGGCGCCCAUAAAUGCAUUUGUCGAUUUUGUGCUGCAAAAUCACGAGGACAUCUACAUCAUGGACAUCAACAAAGCCGAUACGCUGGAAUAACAUUUGAUGCUGUAAAAUUUUUAGAUAUUUUUUUUUUAUUAAUUUUUAUUUUGUGUUUCUGUCCCCUUGUUGAUGGAAUGUGAAUUAAAAAAGAAAAACGAAAAAAAUGCAGGAAAGGAAUGUGUAACGUACUAAAAAAAUACUUUUAUCAAGAGAAUUAACAAUUAUAUUUAACGAAAAAAAAAAUUAACGCACUAAAAUCACAAAACACACAAAAAAAACGAAUUUUUGUAACUUUCUAUGUAGAAGUGACUGUUAAAAUUUUCUAAAAAAAAUAAUUUUUAUUUAAAUUAAUGAAAAAGUCUGAGUUGGCAGUUUAUUCUAAAAAAAGAAGAAAAUGAAGUAUUCCUCCGUACUUUCCAUGUUGAGCUGUUUAGAGCAGAUUUUUACACUCACACCUCACAAAAUAAGCUCCCCACAUACCUAUACACAAAGACUAAUCAAUCAAUUGCAUAUUAAGUAAGUGUUUAAAAAAAAUGAAAAAUUUAUAUAAAUAUUUAAAAAAAAAUUAUUAGAGAACAAAGAAAUGUCUGAGAAAAAUAUAUCAUUUUGUUAAAUAUUCGCACACUAAACACACAACACACUUUCACACACAAAAAAACAUUUAUUGUUGUAGAUUUUAAGAAGAAAAAAAACCCUUUUAGCUCAUAAGGAAAUCAAAUUUACCUAACUAAAGAAAAAAAGAAGAGAUGAAUGAUUGUUUUAUUGAAAAAAAAAUAUAACUAAAAAAAAAAGUUAGUUUUAGUGAUAUUUUAUCAAAAAUAUAUUUGUAUCAAAGAAAAAAAAUAUAUGUAGGAAAAUCUUAUGAGACGAUUUGGAAGAAAAAUAUUGGAGAUUUACACAACAACAACAUUCGUAACUUUUUUUUUGAUUUUUAACCUAAGACAAGUUUUUAUUUGUAAAGAAAGUGAAAAAAGUCUUAA